AUGUCCAAACGCGAGAAAGAACAGAAAGCAAUCGCCGUCAGGACAGCGCGUCUAAACGAUCUGAUUUUGGGUCGCUCCAAUGGUGGAGGAGACGCGCUAUUGUCCCAAAGCAAGGAAGCGGGCGAUGCUAACCUCCUCGAUGUUGCCCUCAGCCGGGAAGGUCUGCUGGAUUCGUUACUUGUGCUGUACGACGAAUGUAGCAAAGAUGCGGUCAAGAAAAAGGAUAAAAAUAUCGCUGAUUUCGUUACAAAAUAUCGCCCGAUCAUUCAAGAAACGCGUGAAAGACGGGUCAACGUACAUGAUUUCGAUGUAAAAUGUCUCAUUGGCAAAGGAUACUUUGGGGAAGUUCAUCUUGUGGCCGAACGAUACACGAAGCAACUUUACGCGAUGAAAAAGAUGACAAAGGAGUCCGUCUCUUCGAGUCAAGUACGGACUGAACGUGACAUUAUGGCCACAAGACGUUCGGAAUGGGUCACACCGUUACAGUACGCCUUCCAGGACCAGCACUGCUUGUAUUUGGUGAUGGAAUUCUUACCUGGUGGCGAUUUGUUGAGUCUGAUGAUACGCGUAGGCGUGUUCGAUGAGGAGCUUGCACAGUUUUACCUGGCCGAACUGACUGCAGCGCUUCAUAGUUUACACUCCAUUGGUUAUGUGCAUAGAGACAUUAAGCCAGAAAACAUUUUGCUCGACCGUUUCGGGCAUCUUAAGCUUGCCGAUUUUGGAAAUGCGACGGCUAUCAAUGAUGAUGGCAGUGUAACGAGUCCAAUGCCGGUUGGAACUCCCGAUUACAUUGCGCCCGAGGUGCUACAAACCCUGUCGACUGUAGGCCGUUCGAUGCAUAGUGCCAAACACGACGUUACCUGUGACUAUUGGUCAAUGGGCAUCAUCGGGUAUGAGUUCAUAGCAGAACAAACACCAUUUCAUGGGGAUAAUGUGAACGAAACUUACUCCAAGAUUCUGGAAUAUUGCGAAGGGCGUGUUGCGAAGAAACUCUCCUACCCUUCGCAUGUUUCCAUCUCCGCCAGUUAUCGUGAUCUUCUCGAUCGAUUAGUGACUAACGUGUCCAAUCGUAUUUCUUACCCGGAAAUAGUGCGACACCCAUUCUUCGGUGAUUUGAACUGGGAUCGUUUGCGGUACAUGAUUCCUCCAAUUAUUCCGACCGUUGGCAGCGAUGACGAUACAUCCAACUUCGACGAUGUGGAUAAAACUGGCAAACGUAAAGUGUUGCUUGGCCGGAAGCCAACGUAUAAUAUCGCUCGGAUGAAUGAUUUUUCCGGGCAUGAUCUGCCUUUCCUAGGUUACACCUAUGUGUAUGAGGAAAUGGACGUGGCCGGAAUGUAUCGUGAUACGGACGAACACAUGAAGGCUGCCCGACUUGCGGCAAAGGUGAAGGAACAAGAGCGUCGCGUGAAAGAGCACAGUGAUGAAAUUCAUCGUCUACAGAAGGAUGUACUCGAUCGCGAUCGUAAGAUUGUCACAAUGGCGGCGCAUAGUAAGAUACUGCAGGAAACGAAAAAGGAACUCGAACGUAUGAAAGAGUUGCUGAAGGAGAAAACGGCGGAACUAGCGGCCACCCGCACAGAGAACAAAACUUUGCGCAAUAGCUUGAAAAUCGAGAAGGAAGAGCGUUUCAAAAAUGAUGCUACGAUCGCCGAUGUGGUGAAGCAGACGUACAAGAAGUGGGAAAAGUCUAAGCAGGCUUCCGAUCAAGCGUACGAGCGACAGUUGGCUGAAAAGAAAACGGAACUUGCCGCAGCAAACGAUAAACUGCGUGAAGUGUCCACUGAGCUAGUGACGAGGCUGGAGGAAUGUCAGCAUCUUCAGGCAUCGAUCGAAAAUUAUAAAGAUUUGCUCAAAAAGUCCAAGGACAAGUUAAUGACGGACAAGGAAAAUCUUGAUCGCAGCCAGCAGGAGCUAAUGGAGACUUACGAUGCCAAAAUAGCGGAACUGAGGGCGAAAUGGAAGGCUGAAAAGGAACAACGGGCCGGUCUGGAGAUGGAGGUGCGUGAGCUACGCGACAAACUGCAGGAGGAAGAAUCAACCGUAAAAUUUGUUGCGGAAAGGGAACAAAAGCUCGUCGACAACAUCAAGCGCCGCAUGACGAUGCAGCUGGAGGAAAACAACAUGCUGCGCGAGGCGAAGCAAUUUUCGGAAAAGAUGAGCGAAGAAAUGCAGAAAAAGAAUGAUCAUUUGCGCAGUGAGAUCUGCAAGCUGCAGGAGGAGAAGAAUAUGACGGUAACGAUCAGUAGUGUGGAGAGCAGCCGCCGAAGCUCGCUGGUGUUUGAGCAAGAGUUUAGAAGUGCCAACUCAAGCCUGCAGGACAUGACGACGGUACUAUCGGGAUCGAAUGUUGAGACACAGCUGCGCAAUGACUUAAUUAAAGCGAGGGAAAGCGAAAAUGAACAGCGUAAACGGGCCGAACAUUUAGAAGAGGUUUGCGGUCGGCUAGAAAAGGCAAUCGAUCAGCUGAAGGCAAGUGGAGCGGGAUCAUCUGGUGCGGAAACGCUGCUUGAGAAGCAGAAAGAAUGUUUGGAAGAUAAAUUAUCCGCAAUCCGUGAGCAGGCUAUAUUGGACAAACAAUCUGCACGUACCGCAAACCUUUCGCUCUGGAAGCUGGAGAAAGAACUAGAAGGCUUACGAGGGGAAAAGAGCAUUCUGGCCCGGCGCAUCGAACAGGCGGACGAUCGUGUGACACGUGUCCGGCACGAGAAGGAAGAAGUGGAGUUUAAAAUGAAGCAGCAGCAGGAAACCAUUGCUAACAAGGAUAAACAGAUCGAGGAUCUGCGAGCGGACAUGUCGGUGUUAAAGGAUGAGCUAAAGAAGGAGCGUCAACUUUGGAGCAAUUCGGAGAAGGAUCGGUUGGCAGAGAAAACGGAGCUGAUCGAAUGCUUAGCUAAGAUACAAGUUAUGGAGGAAAAAAUGAAGGAAAGUCAACAGAAACAGCAACAGUUGAACGAUCGGGCCAAAUUGUUGACGGUGGAAAACGGGCGUUUAGCCAAGGAACUGCGCGAAGCUCAGGAUGAGCUUGCUGACGUCACGGAAUCAAGUGAAAAUCUAGAGCAACGUUUAGCUGCUGUAACAAAGAACUUCAACAUGCUGAAAGGAGCGUGCAGCAUCACAGAGACGCAACUCACCGAAAUGGAGAUGCUGCUCGAGAAAGAAUCGAAGCGUAACAAGGAAUGUGGUGAGCAAAUGGAAGCUCUUCGCAAACGUCUCGCUGAUAAGGAAAGUGAAAUUGACCGUAUCCGACAAGAGGCGCAAGAGGAACGUUCCGAUAAAACGUUAAGCGAAUCGAGAACAAAUCAUCUGCUGGCUGAAUACGAAGAGUUGCGUAAGAAAUUCGAAGAACUCCAGCGACAAAUGGUCGAACAACAGCAGGAGUUGAUUGAAAAGACGAGCCAUCUGUUCGAGGUACAAGAGCGUAUCGAACUGUUGAAUCACGAUGCUGAAAACUUGCAGAAGGUAGUUGCUAACUACGAACAGGAGCACUACAUUCUAAAAGAGGAGAAUGCGCGCAUUCUGACCGAUUUAUUCUUGGCCAAGGAGCUCAUUACGAAGCAAAGCAACGAGAUGCGCGAACAGCGAGACGUAAUCGAACAGUUGACUGCCGAGCUAGAGCAUGUGAAACGGGUCCUGCAAGAGCAGAAAACGUUCUACACCGAGCGUGACAUUAAGAGUGAGGCAACGCUGGCCCAACACAAGAAACUGAUUGACUAUCUGCAGGCGAAAGUGGAGGAGUGCAAUGCGCACAAGAAAAAGAAAACGUUGGCUGGACUGAUUUUUGGCACAUCGUCGUCUGCCUGUGAGCGGAAGGAAAACAUCGUGCCUAAUGCUGGCGGAGCGGUGGGUAACAAUGUGCCGGUAGAAUCAACUACCAGCUACCGGAAGCUGCAGGACGAACUGCUGAAAGAACGCACACGGACCAACCAGCUAAAGGAGCAGCUGCUGCGAGCGAAAACGGAUCUUAUUGCCGCGGCGAAGUGCAAUACGCUGCAGAAAAAGCAACAGAAAGAGGACGAAAAUCUUGAGGUUGAGCGAAGCGAGCGUCGAAACAAUGAUCACCGAACGGCAACAACGGAUCGUAAGGAAAAGGAAACGCAACCAACGGAACAGCAUCGUCGUCGCACUGCUUCUGCUGCGGAAAAGCGCACUUCAUCCGGUAAGGUACAUACCUUUGAUAUGACAAUUGAAAGCUCAUCUUCCGCCUCGAAACAUCCUGCUAUACUGUGCGCGGCAUGUGAUCGUCAUAUUCUUGCCGGUCAUCCGUACUGGAAGUGUACGGAUUGCGCCAUUACUGUCCACCGCAAAUGCCGUGCCUCCGUAGUGGGUCGAUGUGGUGAGCAAGGAAGGAGCGGAAUUAGUUGCGAGGAUGUGGGAAAGAUGAAUGAAUCACUAGACGACUUUGCGGAGGAGCUCGGUACGGGUGAUGACGAGGAGACCGAUGUUGAGUCGGUUGGACAGACGGCGGGACGCAAAAGUCCCGCAUAUUCCAUGACCAGUGCGGAAGAGAAGGCAGAAGAAGACCACUAUGUAGGAGAUUUGCUGUUCAAAACAAAACGUCUCGAACCAAAGCUCUACGUAAACGAUAUCUAUGAAGUAAGCGAGAAGGCCGUGCUGUUAGGUUGCGAUACGGGAUUAUAUUCCUACCAUAUGGAUACGGGAGAGGUCGUCCAUAUACGAGGUAUCUCUAACGUGCGCUCGUUUGCCGUGUCGCAUGCCAUUCCGAAAGCGAUACUGAUUGGUUCGGAUGGUGAAUAUCUGUACCAGUGUGAUCUACGUCAUCUACAGAGCCGGGCCCACGCAUCGGCUUGUUUGCAACCGAAGUUGGAAUCGUUUGUGCUAGAUCUAUCGAUUGCAAACCGCACGCACAGCGAACCAUGGCAUAUUGUGCGCAUGAUGGAAGACAUUCCGGCCGGUGGAAAACUUUCAGAUGCAAUCGCUAUAGCGGCCACCUCGUCUCGGAUCGUAAUUUUGAAGUUCGAAGGGCAAGCGGGUCGGUUUAAACCAGUCCGUGGACUUGACACAAUUCUCCCAGUAUCGACCGUACUGUUCACGAAGGAUACCGCCAUUGUUGGAUCGGACAAGUUCUUCGAGAUCGAUCUAGUAUCGUACGUGGCGGAAGAAUUUUUAGACAUGUCGGAUAAAACGUUGAAUGAAGUUAGAAGCUGUACGCCGUUAGCUGCAUUCCGUAUCAAUAGCCAGGAGUAUCUGCUUUGCUACCGGGAGGUAGGCAUUUUCGUUGACGAUUCUGGUUGGCGUUCCCGGCCAGACAAUUUGAACUGGUUGCAGGACCCGGUUGCGUUUUACUACCGUGAAUCGUGUCUGUUUGUGGCCCAUGCCGACUGCGUGCAGGUAAUGUACAUUAGUAAGUCCUACACGAAAGAUCUGGCUUGUCGUCAGGCCCAUGCAGAUGAUGAGCGGCGUGCGUUUAUUAGUUUACGAGAAUCACCCCGUUUAUUGGCACCGCUACAGUUUGCCCGUACUUCUAUUUAUGUGGCGUGCGAGUGUGGGCCGGAUCGGGAACAGGAAAUUGUGUUGCUCGAUGGGCUAAAAGCACUUCGGACGGUGGGUUUUAGUCGGUCGCUUGAAACUCUGUCCAGCCUAGCAACGGGUGUUGGCCAAAGUCAAGAUUCUUUGUCCACCCUUGGGCAAGGCGUGUGA